CACGGCCCCCGCCCCGGCCACGGCCCCGGCGCGGCCCUGGGAGCGGGUGCCUGGAUGUGGAUUUUGUCGUGGGGCCACCAGGUUGUUCCCACGUGAACAGCUUUAAGGUGGGAGAGAACUGGAGGCAGGAACUGCGCGUGAUCUACCAGUGCUUCGUGUGGUGCGGAACCCCAGAGACUAGGAAAAGCAAGGCAAAGUCGUGCAUCUGCCAUGUGUGUGGCACCCAUUUGAACAGACUCCACUCUUGCCUUUCCUGUGUCUUCUUUGGCUGCUUCACCGAGAAACACAUCCAUGAGCACGCCGAGACAAAACAACACAACUUAGCCGUAGACCUUUACUAUGGAGGUAUAUACUGUUUCAUGUGUAAGGACUAUGUGUACGACAAAGACAUUGAGCAAAUUGCCAAAGAAGAGCAAGGAGAAGCUUUGAAAUUGCAAGCCUCCACCUCAACAGAGGUUUCUCACCAGCAGUGUUCGGUGCCAGGUCUCGGUGAGAAAUAUCCAACCUGGGAAACGACGAAACCCGAAUUGGAACUGCUGGGGCACAACCCAAGGAGAAGAAGAAUAACCUCCAGCUUUACCAUCGGUUUGAGAGGACUAAUCAAUCUUGGCAACACUUGCUUUAUGAACUGCAUCGUCCAGGCGCUUACCCACACUCCCAUCCUGAGAGAUUUCUUCCUCUCUGACAGGCACCGAUGUGAAAUGCCAAGUCCCGAGUUGUGUCUGGUCUGUGAGAUGUCUUCACUCUUUCGGGAGUUGUAUUCUGGAAACCCGUCUCCUCAUGUUCCCUAUAAGUUACUGCACCUGGUGUGGAUACAUGCUCGUCAUUUAGCAGGGUACAGGCAACAGGAUGCCCAUGAGUUCCUCAUUGCAGCAUUAGAUGUCUUGCAUAGGCACUGCAAAGGAGAUGACGUCGGGAAGGCAGCCAACAACCCCAACCACUGUAACUGCAUCAUAGACCAAAUCUUCACAGGUGGCCUGCAGUCCGAUGUCACCUGUCAGGCCUGCCAUGGUGUCUCCACCACGAUAGACCCAUGCUGGGACAUUAGUUUGGACUUGCCUGGCUCUUGCACCUCCUUCUGGCCCAUGAGCCCCGGGAGGGAGAGUGGUGUGAACGGGGAAAGCCACAUACCAGGAAUCACCACCCUCACAGACUGCUUGAGGAGGUAUACAAGGCCAGAGCACUUAGGAAGCAGUGCCAAAAUUAAAUGUGGUAGUUGCCAAAGCUACCAGGAAUCUACCAAACAGCUCACAAUGAAUAAAUUACCUGUUGUUGCCUGUUUUCAUUUCAAAAGGUUUGAACACUCAGCCAAACAGAGGCGCAAGAUCACUACAUACAUUUCCUUUCCUCUGGAGCUGGAUAUGACACCGUUUAUGGCUUCAAGUAAAGAGAGUAGAAUGAAUGGACAAUUGCAGCUGCCAACCAAUAGUGGAAACAACGAGAAUAAGUAUUCCUUGUUUGCUGUGGUUAAUCACCAAGGAACCUUGGAGAGUGGCCACUAUACCAGCUUCAUCCGGCACCACAAGGACCAGUGGUUCAAGUGUGAUGAUGCUGUCAUCACCAAGGCCAGUAUUAAGGAUGUACUGGACAGUGAAGGGUAUUUACUGUUCUAUCACAAACAGGCCCUGGAACAUGAGACAGAAAAAGUGAAAGAAAUGAAUACGCAAGCCUACUGAAGUGACACACAGACCUACCUGUAAUGGAAGAUGACAACACCCAUGCUGCAACUGGCAUCAAGAUUUAAAGGACCUACUUGAUCGUGGCCCAUGGGACUGACAGAGUAAGAACUGAACAGUACCCAGUGUCCAAAAGGUCCUGAUUGGAAGAAAAAUAUAAGGGGAGGGAGAAGAGGCUCUAGUCUAAGCAGUCACUUAAAGGAGAAUUAAAUGGCAGGAAUGUCUUGGGUGAGGAAGAUCCUGACACUGGUACAUAUCCUAUAUUCCUCCAAAAGGUGGUGUGGGAAGAUGUGGGGGGGAGGGGGGUGGUGUGGGGGUGUGUGUGUGCCCUUGUAACCGUAAAACAUCUUUCUCCAUGGGUGUUUCAGCUUCAAUUGACCAAUCAUAUAACAGUUAUAAGUUUGGGGGAAAAAAGAAAAGUUUAUAAAAAUGUAACCCAUUACCUACAUGGGUAUGAAAGCAGAAAAGCGGAGGAGGCAGGGAUAUCUCAUUGACAAACACUUUUGCCAGUUUCCUUGUAUUCGUGAUUUUUUGUGCUAUUAAAUGCAGUAUUAAAAAAAAAAAAAAAAAGCCCACAUGGGCUAGUGAAAGGAGAAGAAGUACAGGGGCUUGUUUAAGGGGAGCAAUCGCUCCAAAAGUAGAGAAGACAAGAAAUGCUGUAAGAUAAGCAACCAACACAGACAGGCCUCAGCUGUGUGUAUCGUGUGUGAGUGUUUUUUUUUUUUUUUUUAAAAGCUGUAUGAUAUACUUGAGAAAAUCAAUGAACCUCUUUGCGAUUGUUUUCUCAUGUGUAAAAUGCAGAUAAUUCCUACCUUAAGGGUUAUUGUUAAAGAUUAAAUGAUAUCAAAUGUGUCAAAGUAUAAAGUAAAAGACUUGGAACUUUCUAGGAACUCAGUAAACGUUUGUUGGAUCCGAA